AUGGAAGCAUAUUCGUUUGAGUUAUUUCAUGAAGUUGAUAAACUUUUUGAUGAUAAGUGUGUUAAUACGAGCAGAUUUAACAAUGACAAUAAACUAACCCAAUAUUGCCCUGAACAGGAUGGAUAUACAAGUUGUUAUAAUGAUUAUCAAAGAAUCAACGCUAUUGGAACAUAUGUAUUUAUGAAAUUAUAUAAUAAAAAUCAAGCUUUAAAUGGAACGAAUGGUGAAAGACAUCUUGAUUAUUUUAUUAUAUGGAUAAACCACAUAUUAUACAGGAAAUUCAAAGAUAACAACUUUACUUUAAAUUCGAUUUAUAACAAAGAUUUAAAGAAUAAUAUUGGAAAUUUUAGUUAUUGGACCCUUUUACAAAAUAAAAUGUAUCUGAUAAAUUCUAAUAUUGCAAUUAUGAAUAUUCUUUACCUUUUAUUUCAGCAAGUUUUCUAUACAAUUAAUACAUAUCAAACAAAAAAUGUAUCAGGAUACGAAUAUGUAAACAAGGCCUUUGAAUUCUAUGUUAUGUAUGAUAAACUUUUUAAAUAUUUUAAUCCAUGUGGCCCGUAUCGUAAGUUAUUGAGUCGUUUAAAAACAAUAUAUAACGACUUUAUAAAAACGGCUAGAAGUGAAAAUGUUCACGGAGAGGACACACUUAAUCGGCUUAUAGAACUUUCACUGAAAGAAAAACCAUUUAAAAAUAAUUUUAACACUAAAGGAUGCAAAAAAUUACAUAAAAAAUUAAAUAAUAACACUUCCAUGCUUAUAAAAAUGAGAAAUAGCAUGUUAAAGGAUUAUGAAAAAAGAAAAGCCCAAACCAUACCUAAUUCAAAAGAAUCCCAAGAUACGAAAAUUGAUAAUUCUCUUAAUAAUAAUGAUGAUGACGAUGAUGAAGAUAAUGAAGAUAAUGGUGAUGACGAUGAUCAAUUAGAAGAUAAUGAUGAUACCACAGAAAAAUCAUUGGAUCCAAUACAAAAUGACCAGGAUGGAACACCAUCAGGACCAGGAUCACCUACAAACCUAGAACUUAUACAACCACAACAAGAGCCGCAAGGACAACAAACACAAAACCCAGCAGAAUCAGCAUCACAGCAGCAACUUGGACAGUCAUCAACUGGGCAAUCACCAUCAGGUAUAACUUCAUCGACGAGUGUAUCCACACCAACGACCACAACAACUACAGACACUAUAACAACACCUGGAACAAAUAUAGCAUCGCCAAUAGAUCAGCAACCAACAGAUCAGAAAUCAACAGGUCAACAAUCAACACCAGAACCACAAAAACAAGACUCACCAUCUCUACCACAACCUCCAAAUCCACCAACAGAUAAUCAACAGAAAGCAUCACCACCGUCUGCAUCCGACCCAGCUUUAGGAAGCAACCAAGAUGAUUUGGAUAAAUCUUCAAAAGACACAUCAAGUGGACAAGAAGAUUCAGAAAACGCCAAAAAACUACUGAAAAUUUUAAUUGGUGAUCAAAAUACGUUUGAAAACUAUUGUUCCCUUUUUUAUAAUGCAUACGAUAAAAUUAAAAAAAGAGUAAAUGAAAAUAUAUCAUCAGCUAUAGAAAAAGCUCAUACUAAUUCUAUAUAUAUUGGUAAACAAAUUUAUAACGCUAUUAAACAAUUAAGUGAACAACUUCAAAAGGUCUCAACACCUGCAAAAGAAACAAAAGAACCUCACGAUAAUAAAAAACUUGAACCUAAAAGCCUCUCUUCAUCAUCACCAGAUACACAAACACCAAAUUCACAGCCAACAAAUCCGUCAACAGAUAUCCCAUUAAACGAUCAAAAGGACGUAUCCACAUAUUCUAACAAUAUAAUGACAAAUUCAGUACCUGAUGCAGGAAUAAAAGAAAGUCCACCGAAAGUAAUACUUCUAGGAAAUAUAUUUAAAGGAGGGGUACCAACCUACGUUAAAGCUAUAGUUCUUUUAAUACCCAUUGCAUUGGCUAUUAUGUAUAAGUAUUUAUCAUAUGGAUGGAGAAAAGAAUUGAAGAGAAAAAAAAACAUGAAAAAGGUUAUAAAUUCAAUUGGAGGAAAAAGACCGGUGCAAAUAAUUAUAACUUCAUCGAGUCAUAAAAAACAGACUAAAAAAUCUAUAAAUUCCGUUCAUAGGAAAAAACCUCCAUUAUUAAAUAUAUACAAACUUAUGCAGGCUGAUCCUAUACCAUUUAUUAAUUUAUUUUUUUUGUUAAUUUUUUUUGUCUAUAAAAGAAAAGAAAAUUUUUUGGAAUUAUAA